AUGAACUCGGGCCAACAGCGACAGCCGAACUCGCGAAGUAGCCAAAAAUACCAGCAGCAGCCAAAGCAACCACCGACAGGUGUAUAUAAAUAUCUAAUGACCCCUAAUGGAGCUACUACUCAGAAUACAGGGAAUCCACAUAUAAACUUCAUGCCUGGACAACAACGAUAUAUGGUUCCAUCCCCGUUUGGUAACAUGCAGUUUGCUGCUCAAAAGAGGCAUGGAUCCCAAACACUGUUGCAACAGCAACAGGUACUCCCACAAUCUCAGCACCAAGAUCCGCAACAUCGAAAACAACAGCAACAACAAUCUAAGGCAUAUAGUCAGGCUCAGACCCCGAUAGAGCCCUCGCAACUGCAGCAUCAAAAUUAUCAAGGAAUGUCUCAGGUUCCUCAGGGUCAGCAGUUUCAUCCUCAAGGCAUGUCUAGAAGAAUACCUUAUUCACACUAUCUUUCAUCUUAUCAAGUAAGAAAGCAUUUGUCUAACAUGGCACUGCUUCGUGUUCACGAUGUGUUCAAUCAAAUAAAUAUGUCUAUGGGGAAGGUAAGUGACUACGAGUUUUGGAGCAAGUUUACCAAGGACGUUUUUACCUCUAACGGUGUUGUUAGAUACGCAAGGAAGAAUGGCGAUGAUACGCGACUAUUUGAAUUUGCGAUGCCAAUUAUACCAUCACUUUUGAAGUUCAUAGCAUCCACAGGUCUUGUACGCUUAGAACUGGUUCCUCAGCAAUUGCGUGCACAAGUUUUGAGUAAGGGCUCUAUAUUUUUUGAGUGCUCACGCUGUACAAUUACUUAUUUCUAUCCAGAUGGAAGUUACAUGACAAAUUUCAGUCAGAUAAAGGGAGUUUUUGAUACAUCAUUACGAGUGGAAUGGUGUGACAUGUGCACUUAUAGUUUUGUACCUGGUAUUGAGUGGAAUUCUCUAGAGCGGGUUCUCAGUGAUCAAAAGGUGAGCUACCAAAUCUUCCAAGCAUUGUCAGAUCCAAACGCCUCCUCACAAUCGGGACCAGAUGUUAACCGAGAACGGGCUGGCAACAAACAACACAUCAACCCUGGAAUAUCCAAUUAUAAUUCCACUUCUGGUCAACUGGCAGAUGAAACAAAGGGUCCCACUUCAGGCACAAAACAGGAUAAUCCUCAAGCCUGCACCAACAUAAAUGCGAUAACACUUCUCAGAUCACAGUUUAAAGUAUUCCGCAAUGUGUCCAGUUUUGGUAUACAAGAAUCCAUGAUGAGGGUGCUACAAGUUAAUGACGUCAUGUCUUACCUUAAGAGUCUAAAAGUUUACCAGAAAGUAAACAAGAUCCAGAGCCCACUUGAAAGCCUUAAUUCAUUUGUUGCGGCUUCAGAGGCUGCGCUUGCUGCAUCACAGCCGAUGGCGUCUCCUUCAGUAUCUUUGAAUGACGGUACCAAAAAGCAAGUCCAGAAUAUAGCUAACGCACAACCACCUACGCCGUCUACAUCAAAUCUGGCAUUUGCAGCCUCUGUGCCCUAUAUUUACCAAAAUACCAAGAAUCAGGAACGUAAGGCCAGUAAAAAGCGGGUUUCUACAGAUACCUUAUCUCCAAUGACAACUGAUGAUUCGACGAAGUCACCAUUGGACAUUGUUAAUGGUGAUAACAUAGGACACCCUUACAAGAAGAUGAAAUUCUAG